AUGCAUAGUAUUCGAGACUCCACCAACAUUCCAUUCUCUUCAUUUUCAACAUUGCCAAUGUAUUUAUUGAUGACUACUCUGCUGGUGAUGGGCCUGGAGGCUGCGGCCACGGCAGGGACCACGCCGGGCUGCGCGUCUUGCGGCAUGCCGCUAAUGGAGAAGGAUUCGGAGCAGAGGCUCCUGGUUGAAAUCGCCAAGCAGCAGAUCUUGAACAAGCUGCACCUGAAAGAGAGACCAAACAUCACAUCGACGGUGCCCCGCGCGGCACUUCUCACCGCGCUCCGCAAACUGCACAAGGGACGUGUCAGACCGGACGGCACCAUUGAACUUGAAAACAAGAUCAAGGAAACCAAAGAUCCGGGAUAUGAAAUAGUGAGCUUCGCAGAAAUGGGUAAGUGUACUUAAAAAAUAUAUAUUAUAUCGUAGUGUAUACUAGUGGAACCGUAUGUGCACUUUAUUAUCCUUUGUUGGUUAUGAACUCCAAUGUACUGGUAUCGAAUGCGCUUUUGGAACAAUGUAAAUAAACCAUGUACAUUGAAAUACAGAGCUCACACAUUUAUUUACAUUGAAACCCUGACUUAAGAUACCUCUUUAACCUAAAGGUACCUCAAGCUUCCGUGCGCUAUGUGACCUCAAACCUUGAUUUACGCAGAAGUUGGUAACGCUCGAGACUAAAAUCAGGUGCUUAUCACACCUCUUUUCUCUUGCGUAUUUCAAUAUAAAAUAUUAAUGAAUCCAUUUUGAUGGUUUGAAAUAACUUUGAAAUAACUCAUACAACUAAACAUAAUAAACAUCAGUUUAUACGUUUUAGUUAAAUAUAUCUAAUGUAGUUCUUGACUUGCAUAAUUGUCGAAUGUAGUGCUUGAGAUGUAUUGGCAUCACUUAUAGAAUGGACCUGAAAGGCUGUUUACACUUUGAAAGAUGACAAAUCGGUCUUGGGUGGCAGGUAGCUUAGUGGUUAAGAGCGUUGGUCGCUGGUUCUAAUCCCCGAGCCGACUAGGUGAAAAAUCUGUCGAUGUGCCCUUGAGCAAGGCACUUAACCCUAAUUGCUCCUGUAAGUCGCUCUGGAUAAGAGCGUCUGCUAAAUGACAAACAUUUUUUUAAAAUAUAUUUUUAAAAAUAUUACCUCUCUCUGCUCUGUCUUUUCUCUCUGUGAUCUAGAUGAGAUGAACACCACUACUGGCACCCCGUCAGGCCUCACCUUCCAGUUCCUGCAGGAGAGAGACCACAGCAUCCAGGUGCUUCAGUCUGCCCUGUGGCUGUAUGUCCACUCCUCCGACACCCCUAACCGGGGCCCCCGCCCCACUGCCACAGCCCACAUCUACCUGUCUGGCUCUGGGGAGGGCAGCUCCAACCGCACCCUCCUCUUGGAGAAGAUCUUGGAUGCGCAGCAGAGCAACUGGCAUACCUUCCCCAUCACCCACACCCUGCAGGCCUUCAUGGACGGGGGCAAGCGGCGGCUACAGCUUGAGGUCACCUGCAAGGAGGCCGGGUCUGAGCCGGGCCAGGGCCAGAACCUGUGUGAGCUGGGUAAGUCCAUGGACAUGGCCCAUCAGCCAUUCGUGGUGGCCCAGGUGCGGCUUCGUGACGACUCCAAGCACAUCCUCCAGAGGAGAUCCCUGCGCUGCGGGGACAACGUCAGCGUCUGCUGCAAGAAGGACUUCUAUGUCAAGUUCAAGGAUAUCCAGUGGCAGGACUGGAUCAUAGCGCCUGAAGGGUACCAUAUGAACUACUGUAUGGGCCAGUGUCCCCAGGCCCUGGCCGGGUCUCCGGGCAUCGCGUCUUCUUUCCACGCCACAGUGUUCAGCCAGCUCAAAGCCAACGGCAUCAAUUCAGCGGUGUCUUCUUGCUGUGUGCCCAUCCAGCGCAGGCCUCUGUCUAUGGUCUACUUCAACUCACAGCACAGCAUCGUCAAGACCGACGUCCCUGAUAUGAUCGUAGAGUCCUGCGGCUGCACGUAAACACAUAGAAGAGAAAGACCAGACAUUCAGUUUAUGAUGCUUUUAGUCUGAGAAGACUAGAUUUAAUUUGUUACACCGGCGCACACACACACACACACACACACACACACACACACACACACACACACACACACACACACACACACACACACACACACACACACAGAGAAUAAUUUUAGAUAUUCUCUCUCUAUCAAUUCGAUAGAGGGUUUUUGCACAGAAAGUGAGAAUGUUUGAGAAUGAGACUUCAAUGUCUUGUAACUAGCAGACCUGGUUCAAAUACUAUAUAGGGUAUUUCAAUUACUUUCAAAUACAUUUUGAAGUAAGUAUUUCAAUAUAUAUAUUUUUUUGAAAGACAAGUAGUUGAAUAUUGUAAUGUAUUUGGAAAUACACUUGGAAAGUAUUUGGAAAUACACUUGGAAAGUAUUUGAAAAUACUUACAUACACUGACUCAAAAACACUCCCAGGCAUUUGAAAAUAGUAUUUGAAAUAAGUAUUUGAUAAUACUUUCAAAUACUUCCAAUAGAAUUCUCAAUUUGAAAAUACUGAGAUACACAGAAAAUAAGUAUCUAAAUAUCAAAUAAUCAAUUACACAUGUAUUUGAACCCAGGUCUGGUAACUAGUCCUGCUAAACAUGCCAACAGUGAAUAGUACUGAAUGCUCUUAGCGUUCGGGUCAGUCAUGUGGUCACACACAAAUGACACCUGACGGAAAGAGGAAAGAGAUUAAUAUAUAAACCUUCCUUCAUUUUUUAAAUGUAAAUCUAUGAGCUGUGUUAUUACUUUAUCUUUUUAUACUUUAUGUCUUGUGUAUACUGGUGAAUGUGAGCUAAAACGCAGUAAGAUUUAUUGCAGACAGUCAGCGCCUGGACUUCAGAGAAAUGUACUAGAACAGACCUAAACUUUACAAAAGCUCUUUAGCUUAGUUUCUUAAACGUUGUGUUGCAUUGACAAUAUCCACACACACAUCCCACGUAUGUAUCCGACUGAAAAUAUCCAUUGUAAUGCAGUGCCAUUGUAAUUUUCUUUCUUUAAUUGUGAAGUUGUUUGACUCCUGCUAGUCCAUUACAAGUACGGUUACAAUACAGGCAUUUGGACUUCAAGCGUGCUUUGUAAUGCGAAGGCAAAUUGGGUGUUCUGAUACUGUAGACUAAUUCUGAAUUCAAAACUUUCUUGAAAUCCACAGAGCUACAUGCUACACUCUUAGAAAAUAGGGUUCCAAAAGGGUUCUUUGGCUGUCCCGACAAGUAGAACCAUUUUAGGUUCCAGGUAGAACCCUCUGUGUAAAGUGUUCUACAUAGAACCAAAAGGGUUAUAUCUGGAACCAAAAAGGGUUCUCCAAAGGGUUAUCCUAUGGGGACAGCCAAAGAACCCUUUUAGGUUCUAGAUAGCACCUUUUUUUCCAGGAGUGUAGAGACUCAUGGAAUCGUACUCGUGCAAUUCUGAUUAUGCAUGUAUGCAACACAAAUAAUCUGAAUAGAUGUCACCCCUGUGAAACCCCCCAGACAGGAGACAUAUCUGAUAUGGAGAGGUUAAAAAUGGUUUGAUCAGAUAAUCAGUUAGGCAACAGCCUGGCUUUGACGGCAUGAACUCAAGGUUAUUACUCAGUUGUGUGAGCAAACAUUUAGCUAUUGCCACAGUGUCAGGCAACCAGAAAGUCCAUCAUAAACACAGGUCAACGAGCAUGUGCUCCAAAGCACGAUGAAGUCUACAUUUUCCAAAGCCAAAAGUUUUUAGGGCUGAUGCAAAUUAUAUGCAUCCAUUCAAGCAAAGAAAAUCUCUGUCUAUAUGUUUGUUUUCUGUUUUCUUUUUAGAAUGUUUACACUAACUGGGUAUAGUGUAUGUGUAUGAUACAUUUGAAGCUAAAGCCUCUUUGCUGCUUUCUUAAUGGUUUGCAUCUUCUGCAUGGCUGGCAGUAGCAGGGUAUACUGUAUCUGGAGACUGUCCUACCCUACCCUGGCACCAUGCAGGAACUAUACUGCUCUAUGCCGCAAAAGGCCCCAUAUUGUAUUGCAGUUUGAUAUGCUAGCAUGGCCUUCAGGUUCCUAUAGAAAGCACUUCCUGGUUACCUGGCUCCUAGAACAUUAGAAUAUUACAACAAUAGAACAUUCUAUUGUUCUUCUGCAAGCACUUCCUGUCCUCCUGUCCUAGAGCUUCACGUGUGUCAUCCUGUGGUGCCAUCCUUCCACAGGGAACACUACUGCAGUUUAGAAUGUACCGUGAUGUUAACUAAUACCAUUGAUUUUGAACUGUUUUCCAAACAGAAAGCCUCACAUAACUUUCAUGAUCGGCCAUGAUUUCUGCAUGAGCACUUUAUCGGCUUACUGUAUAUUUAUGAGAUUCUGCAACAGGUUGUCCUCUAAUGACAUUUCCUAG